AUGCAGCCAUCGUCACGAGGAUUCGCAGCUCCGGGCCAGAUGCGCCGUCCAACUGGACAAGCAGGCCAUCAGGCACAUGCGCCAGCAGUUUCACAAGCUGCCCAAGCACAGCAACAACAGGAAGAACUCCGCCGUCGCGAAGCUGCUCGAAGACAGGCUCGCAAGCCUACCGACCUCGACAUUGACGAUGACCUCGCCGAAGCUACCAUCACCGAUGCUGCCAUUCUAUACCGCAAGCUACGCGACCAGGAGAAGAGAUUGGACGCCAUCAUGACGAAGAAGCGCUUGGACAUUCUGGAGGGUACAUCUGGCCAAAUGCCUUCUGAGGGCGUGCUACGCUUGUUCAUCAGCAACACAGCAGAGGGACAGCCCUGGCAGAUGGCCAACGAUGGAAAUGCUGGCUUUAACGAGGACGGCACCUUCGACUUCGCCGACAACAACCAGGCUCGCUAUCGUGUCAAGAUCGAGGGUAAACUGCUGGAGGGAUCAGACGAUAUCCUGGAAGACUCGGAGCUCAAAUCAACCCUACCACCUAUGGCCUCCAUCAAGAUGUCGCACUUCUUCAAACGCGUCACUGUUGACUUCAACCGUCCGGCUGCCUUGCAAUCCAACGACUUCAACAAGAUUGAGUGGGUUAAGAAGGAUGGCGAGCCCGAUGUCGACUGCAUCGCCUUUGGUCGCAAGAGCGACGAGGAGCUUCAAGUCACAAUCAAUCUCUACCUUGACGAACAACCCGAACGUUUCAAGCUGAGCCCACCUCUCGCUUGGAUCCUCGACAUGGACACAGCCACACGCGCCGACGUCGUUCAAGGAAUCUGGGACUACGCUCGCCUGUUCAAGUUGACCGAUCUCGAGGACGAGCGUCGUGUCACCUGCGAUGAGACCCUCAAGCAGUUGUUCCGUCACGAAACUCUCUUCUUCCCCAACCUUCCCGAACUCAUUCUGGAGCACCUUUCACCUCUCGACCCCAUCAAGCUCCCCUACACGAUCCGCAUCGACAAGGACUACAUCGCUCCCGAAGACGAAUCCAUCCCACCCUCAAAAUACAUGGUUUGGGACAUCCGAGUCAAGGUCCCCAGUACCACAAAGCGCCUCAUGCAGGCCAUUAUCUCGUCACCUAGACACAUGGCCAAUCUCAAGAAGAUCACCCAGGUCAACGAUGAUACAGCGCUUUUGCUCGAGAAGGCCCGCCAUCUCAACUCCAAGCGCAAGUUCCUGCUCUCUCUUUCCCGCGACCCAGCUACAUUCGUCAAGCGUUGGACCUCGAGUCAACAACGCGAUCUCGAAAUCAUCCUUGCUGAGGCUGGCAGAGGUGGUGGUGAUGAAGGCUACGCUGGCGAAGAGUUCCGUAGAGGUGGUAAGGACGGUGCAUGGGGAACAGACUUGGCUCGCGAAGCUGUGGGCCUAUGGCUGGCAAGACAAAAGAACCACUAG